AUGUAUGUGAAAAAUCUUUCAGGGGAAGUGAAUAGGUCCUGGACAUGUGACUUGGGCCAUGUUCCACAAAAUGACAUCAAAAUAAGCUAUUCGCCUCACGCCGUGUUCCUGACUCCGCACUCUGCAACCGCAACAACACCUCCGUUCUCUUUCUAUAACUCACCUUACCACUCUAAGGAUACUGGCUGGUCCCUCAAGGCCUCUAAUUGGAUCAGGACUUUUUCACGUAUUCGAGCCCAUUUGUCCCGGCCGAGUGCUAAGCCGGAAGAGAAUGACUAUGCAAUGACUGUAGGUGCUAGCAUCAGUGGAAUUGUCUGGACGCUCUACUUCAAAGCAUAUGAGUCAACCAACGAUCACCUCUUACCGCACGAUCUGGUGGCCUGGGGUAUUAUUGUUCGACCUUUCGAUAUCGCGUCUCCUGAAGCAGUCAUGAAUACAGAAGCCUCACACACGAACCCAGCAUCAUACUUCCAGCCACUUCCCGAGUCUUUUCUUCAGAGCCAUCCCGUGGUUAUUUCCAGCGAAGUACAGAAGGAUUUUGAACGUUUCGAACACGAGCUGGCGCCCGAGUACCCUGGUUGGGGCAAUAAGCCAGGAACCAAGGGGAUCUCGCUAAGCUCCAGAAUGGAAACAUUCGCAAAUUUCCUCGAGUUCCAACUUCAUUGGCCCAGGGCGGGGUUUCCCAGGGAGGUGUCUCUCAGGUCUGCCACGAGAUGGCGUGAGCCAGGGUAUUUUCUUGGAUGUUCACAAUUUAUAAGACUACACAGGCACGCACUUCCCCCUAAGCGCGUAGAUUGGAGCUUGCGUAGUGUCCAUUUAUGCUACACGCAGCCGAGGUUCCCGCAUGUCAAAGCCAUAAUGAGUCACGGAACAGACGCACAUCCGGAUUUACUGCUGCGUGGCGAGUUGAUGAUGAUAGCAGCUGUGAUGCAUACCAUGCUGCUUAAUGAGAGUUAUCUCGACCAUGUCAUCAUGCCGGCGGUGGUACCUGCUACAGAGACAUAUGUCGAUCAUUGUCUCAUCCUUUCGGUGCAUCUAUCUCAAAGCACUGCUUCCGAGUGCAAUGUAUCUGUCUGGACAUUGUGGAAUGACUGGGCCACUGUGCCUGACAACCCCUCGGUCGGUGGAUUAGCUUCCCCGAAGAAACCUUAA